UCCCAAGACAAGGGAGGCUGCAGCACGCUGCUCGCCAGUCCCACACCUUGGGCCUCCUCCCUCUGCAACACACAGAUGUCAGAAACUGAGCUGGAAAAGAUAAAAGUAAGAACAGCUGAGCAUUUUGAAAAUGAUAAAAAUAACAUUUCUUGGUUGAAGGAAGGAUUAUCCAGCUCAAUUCUGAAUCCUCUUGGAGAUUCAGAUACGCAACUCACAAAUGAAAAGCAUGCAGACGAGAAACCUAAUAAUGCUAUCAUUAUAAAGUCAGUAUCUGAAUUCAAUAUCACAGAUGGACCAGCCAAGGAAACCCCCAAUGCGAAAACACUGUCAGAAUCCAGCACAUCACUGUCCUCCCUUGAAGAAUGCCAAACGAAAUUCUCCUACCUCCAAACUGAUACUUCAGUUCAUCAGAGAGACACUGAUGAGGAGUGUGCCUCCCUUAUCCUCACCUGUCUAUUUUGCCAGUUUUGGGACUGUCUCCUGAUGCUCCCCAACACAUGCGAAACGGUGUGUGCCAACGUGUGCUGCCCUUCUCACCGGUAUCACCACACCUCGGACGAAAACCACUCUCGGAAUGAUUGCAACUGCAAUUGUGACAUGGACUGCAGCCUUUUUGAAUCUUGCCACGAGACCAGCGAGUGUCUGGAGCUGGCCAUGGAGAUCUCAGAAAUCUGUUACCGCUAAUGCCACGAAGUAAGCACGUUCCUGCAGUCGUUUUGGCCACGGUGGGAAAUUCCAUUACAAGAAGACCGUGAUUUCCAUGUGCUGAAAUGUAAGGACUGUACACAUUUCUUGGAUGCUAUGGGCCAUUUUAUUCUGCACCUGUCUGGGAAAGCUAGUAUUGUCAAAUCAGUGGUCUUAUUCCAAAUUUCACAACCGCAUGGUUCACUGAAAAAUAAGAUUCUUGAUCACAGUGAUGAGCAAAUCUUAAAUACCUCUUAAAUGCCAUAGGUACAAGAUGUUUCUUGACUAUAAAAUAGCAUGU